CCUACCAGCCUUCCAGGGCUUUCCCCGCUGCUGUGUUAGUAGAAGAAGAGGUGCAGAGAGAAAAGCAGGCAGGGAAGGAUAGGGAGGUGACUUGUGUGCACAUUUUGCUGGGAGAGAGAAGAACAGUCAGAUCCUAUCAUAACCUCUCAUCUGAAAUACAUCUUCACUUGAAGUGCUUGACCUGGUGCUAUUUUUAAGGUACAUCCUUGCGUGUAGAAACACCAUCUGGGUUGGAGAAGACAAAGAAACUACUGUUAAGGUUCAUCAACUCUUCAAGUACUUUUGGAUGAAUAGUUUUAGGUAAAGGUAAGAAUCAUAGGCCAUUUACUAACAAAGUAAAAAUCCAGAGAUUUAAAGUAAACUAUAUUUUGAUUUAUACACUACACCAUACCCCGGAGCUAGAAACAUUUGGGUGUAUUAUAUAAAUACAGCAAGACACAGAAGAGUCUUCCCAGAGGAGACGUAAACAGUGCAAAACACAGCUAUAAAUCGACUGCCAAGGAAACUCUGACUAGUCACAAGAUGUCACGCUGGGGACGUAAGAACGUCAAGAAAGCCCCUGAGGUGAUCAGGACGGUGACCGAGGGUCUCAAGUCGCUCUAUCGAAAGAAACUUCUGCCCCUGGAGGAAUACUACGGCUUCCACGACUUCCACUCACCAAGUCUGGAAGAUGCCGACUUUGACAACAAACCCAUGGUGCUAGUGGUGGGGCAAUACUCUACUGGAAAGACCACCUUCAUCAAAUAUUUGCUGGAACAGGAAGUGCCUGGGAGUCGCAUAGGGCCAGAGCCCACCACCGACAGUUUCACUGCUAUCAUGCAUGGAGACGUGGAGAGUCUCAUUCCUGGAAAUGCCCUCAUUGUGGAUCCCAACAAACCCUUUCGCCAGCUCAACCCCUUCGGAAACACCUUCCUUAACAGGUUCCAGUGUGCUCAGCUGCCCAGUCAGGUGCUGGAGAGCAUCAGCAUCAUCGACACACCAGGCAUCCUGUCUGGAGCCAAACAGAGAGUGAGCAGAGGUUAUGACUUUCCAGCUGUUCUCCACUGGUUUGCUGAGCGUGUGGAUCGGAUCAUCCUUCUGUUCGAUGCUCAUAAGCUGGAGAUCUCCGAUGAAUUCUCAGAGGCCAUCGGUGCCCUUAAAGGCAACGAAGACAAACUCCGUGUCGUGCUGAACAAAGCCGAUAUGGUUGACACCCAGCAGCUCAUGCGAGUGUAUGGAGCUUUGAUGUGGUCUCUUGGGAAGGUGUUUAACACUCCUGAGGUUCUGAGAGUCUACAUCGGGUCUUUCUGGUCUGAGCCUCUCGUGGUGACCGAUAACCGCAAGCUAUUCGAGCUGGAAGAGGAAGAUCUGUUCGCUGAUAUCCAGAAUCUGCCCCGGCACUCAGCCCUGCGCAAACUUAAUGACCUGGUGAAGCGGGCUCGACUUGUUCGGGUACAUGCCCACAUCAUCAGUUACUUGAAGCAGGAGAUGCCGUCUGUCUUUAGGAAGGACAACAAAAAGAAAAACCUGAUCUAUCAGCUCCCAGUUAUCUUCUCCAAAAUCCAGUUACAGCAUCAUAUUUCCCCUGGAGACUUCCCUGACUGUGCUAAGAUGCAGGAACAACUUAUGGGACAUGACUUCACCAAGUUUAAAUCCCUGAAGCCCAACCUGAUGGCUGUGUUGGAUGAUCUUCUGUCUAGUGACAUUGCCAAACUGAUGCCCCUUCUCAGGCAAGAAGAACUAGAGGCUGGGGACCAACUCGGAGUGCAAGGUGGGGCCUUCUUGGGCACCCGUGCUGGACCGUUCGUGGAAGGUGACCCCUUUGGCGAGAACGCGGAGGAAAAUGGCGAGGGAGGGGAGGAAGAUGACGAAUGGGUCGUGACAAAGGACAAACCCAAGUAUGAUGAGAUCUUCUACAACCUGGCACCAAACGAAGGAAAGCUUAGCGGCACCAAAGCCAAAGAUUGGAUGGUGAGCACACGGCUGCCCAACUCUGUUCUGGGUCGCAUUUGGAAGCUCUCGGAUGUGGACCGCGAUGGCAUGUUGGAUGAAGAGGAGUUUGCAUUGGCCAGCCAUCUGAUCGAAGUGAAACUGGAUGGUCACGGGCUGCCCCCUGAGCUGCCUGCCCGUCUCGUACCACCAUCCAAGCGUCGACAAAAAGGCUCUGAUGCUUAGACAAUGUACAAAGCUCACACGGCUUCCAUACUGAUAUCUAUACUUCUCAAGCUUUACAUUAUUUUAAUGCCGUUGUUUAACACAUUAUUAGUGUCUUACUGUGUAUUCUCGCUCUAAUAAAAAAGCCAAAGAUUCCCAGCUGGAAGCCGAAGAACAUUGAGAUAACCAAAGACUGCUGUCAUUCGUAAGGAAUGUAGCAACUGUCGGCCAUUUUGAUUUCCGAUAGUAAAAUCAGAGGUCCGUGUGAUGUCCGAUGCACAAAUGCUACACACAUGACUCAUCAUAGUUCAGCCUAUUAUGGCUCUUGAACUGUGAAACUGCAAGCAAACUUUUGUAGAUUAUUGUCAUUCAUUUCAGUGUAGAAACCUGUAUUCAUAGCUUUACACACAUUUCUAGCAGCUUUUCGUUUUUUUAUUCGGCUUAAUAUCAAAAUGUGAAGUCUGAGCUCUCGACGGUUGACCAAAAGAUGCAAGUGAAAGCUUACCUGCGACUUUCUUGGUGUAAAUCUGUUUUCUAGCAUGUUGCUUUAGUGUUGGCCCUAUACAUGGAAAAGCAAAUAUACUCUUAUAUUUUUUGUUCUUUUUUUUCUCUUUAUUUUGUAUUGAAUGAGCUCCAUGCAUAUGAAUGAAUGUCACAAGAUAUAAAUAUAUAUGAAAUGAAAGUCAUAAAGAAAACAAAAUGUGGAAAUUCUUACUACUGUAAUCCAUUUCACUGCUUCAGUUAACCGCAAUGUUAUCACAGUAAAUACACUGAGCUGAAUAAAGAACCCUUGACUUGUU